UCACCAUUCCGGCAGUAGGGUUUGUCAUAAACCUGGCUGAUCCGAAGAAUAAAUCUCUUGAAAUCGACAAAGACCAUGGCAGUGACGGUUCAGUACGCAAACGCGCGUCAGUGCGACGGCUGGUGGACCUUCUCGAUGCUCGUGUGGCUGUGGAG